UGGAAAAAUGUAUUUGGCGGAGAAUGUUACUUCAAAUGUCAAUUUCGUUGUUUUGAAAUUAUUUUGUUUUUAUACUUUAAACGAGACACAACUGAAAUAAAGUGAAUAUUUUUGUAAAAAUAUUGAUCUAAAACUAUUGUAGUAUAAGGUGCGGUGUAUUGAGAAAUUUGCAAUGAGCUCUAAUGAUAAAAUAUCGGAUGAAAAUGACGAACAUAAGUGUGUACCAUCCGCGUACGUUGCCGCCAAUACUUUGGACAGUUUCACAGAUGUAAACAAUGCAUCCUAUCGCCUGCAUACUUCGCAUAAUUCCACAAUAUCAAAUGAAAGUGAUUUGUCGUUGUUGUCCUUAUCACUUGAUAAGGAACUAGAGGCCAAUUUUAAUGGCAUUGACAUAGAUGAGUUACCAGCUUUCGAAAUACGUCUUAUAUCGCCAAUAGGACGUACACCAUCCCCCAUAGAUUGUGAGGACAUGGGAACACCAACUAGAACAAUACCAUCACCUGAAGAACGUCUUACACCAAGUUCAUGCCGAAAUAAUCCAGAUUUUGUUGCUUUACACGACAUAAAUGCCCAAAUAAGUCCACCAAGUGACCUUGGAGACGAAGAUGGAUCAUCUUUAAGUCGAACAAGUAGCUUGGAAACAAUAUUCGAAGGAGUGUUUUUGAACACACCGCCAAGGCAACGUCUGAAUUUGCAAAAUAAUCGACAUAGUCGGAGUCGAACAAAUCUACUGGAGAAAGUAGCUCUAAAUCGUUUUAACGCCGGUAAGGAAAAUAUGUCACCACUUUCAAAAUCUGAAACACCACCAUCACGUCGAACAUCAUUAUCUUUUAGUUGUGAAACUGAGACAUGUUCCUCCGAUAUGAACCACAGUUUAUCAUAGAUUUCAACAUUCCCAUUACUUUUGCUCAAAUCUUUUAAUAUCGAAUAAUACACUUAUAUUUUAUAUGGAUUAGUUGUCCCAUCUAAGGAAACAAUAAUUAUUUUUAUCUUUACACUUGUCAUUGGUGUAUAAUAUGCAAUAACUUCGUUUAAUUUGACAUUUAUUUUUGCCAUGUGAAUCUAUAUUGGAUAUUAUUCAUAAAUAUCCAUUUUAAAAUGUGAAAUAAUUAGGGUGGUUACUCCGUGAUUCUAAACCGAACAUUUUAAUGCAUUAGUAGAAUUUAAACAUUUUAGUUGAUGGAUCGAUUAACGGUGUGAUCCCAAUUAUAAUUCUGUUAAUAUAGUUUCUUAUGUAAAAUAAAUGUGAACCUUUUAUUUUAGAAAUAAAUAUAAUUAACAAAUUUUUAUGUUUUAAAAACAUGCAAAAUA